AUGGACAUACAAAAGUCCUAUGAUACUGUGGAGUCGCAAGCAGUGGAAGACAUUCUGUCAGAGCUUAGCUUCCCAAACAAGUUCAUUAGCUGGACUAUGACCACAGUGAAGACAAUCUCUUACAAGUACAAGGUUAAUAAUGUUGUCUCUGAUAUUUUACAAGCUAAAAGGGGUCUAAGACAAGGGGAUUCUUCAUCUCUCAUUCUGUUUGUCCUGGUUAUGGAAUAUUUACAUAGUUUACAAAAUCUUGGGAAAAAUCCCAACUUCAACUUUCACUCCAAAUAUGAAAAGUUGAAGAUCAUUAACUUGAGCUUUGCAGAUGAUUUACUCCUGUUUACUAGUGGAGAUAUUAGCUCUGUCAAUUUAGCUUUGCAAAGCUUUAAAGAUUUUUUAAAGGCUACUGAGCUUGAAGUGAAUCCUUUUAAGUGUAAAGCCUAUUUUGGGAAUGUAUAUGAAAAUGUUAAACAAGCUAUUCUAAGAGCUACUGCCUUUGCAUAA